AUGGCAGAGACAUUCGACAUGAAUGAAAAAAAGACACCCAAUAGCGACAUUGAGUCGUUUGCCGACCACGGACAGCGAGAAGUCACGGUGGAAGAAGGCAGCUCUGAAGAGCUCGUUUUCUCCCUCGGUCUGGGCGGCUUGCUCCGAAAGCUUGCUGUGUCUGGAGUCGAGAUGCGUGGACUAGAGCCCGUUCCAGUAGAGAAACGAACGCACACCAAGUAUUACAACAUCUUUACACUCUUUGGAGGAUCCUUCACUUCCAUUCUGCCUUUGAGUAUUGGCACAACGCCAACACUUGUCUUCGGCCAAAGUUUCCGCGAUGCGGCAAUUAUGAUCGUGACAAUGCAGGCUCUAUUCAUCAUUCCCACGCUCUACAUCUUGACUCUAGCUCCUCAGCUAGGCAUGCGGCAGUCUGUCCAGUUUCGUUAUGUCUUUGGGAAAUAUCUAAAUGCUCUUCUAUCAAUCAUCAUUAUACUCGAGAUCGGAAUAUACGCUAUCAUCGCUGCUGUUGGUGGAGCCGAGUGUCUUUCAGCAGUCCGUCCUGGCACCCUUCCUGUCGAAGCAGCAAUUGCGAUAAUCUUUAUCGUCGCUUUCUGCAUUGCCUUUGUCGGCUACUCUGCAGUUCAUUUCGUCUGCCAAUAUAUCUGGAUCCCAAACAUCAUCGCACUGCUUGUGCUCGUAGGCUGCGCAGGGAGCCAGCUGCAUAAUCAGGCUCCGGCCUCCUCCUCGAGCGCGGCGCCUUGGCUGGCGACAGUAUCAAUCUGUGCUUCCAAUAUGGCUACCUGGGGCACCAUCAUCGGCGAUUAUACUUGCUACAUGCCUCCAAAGGCCCCCAAGCUCCGCUUAGUGUUCUAUUGUGUGAUGGGCUUAUACGUCCCAUUCACUCUGUUCAUGCUUCUUGGUGCUGCUAUCGGUGGAUCUAUCACGGUUAUUCCUUCCUGGGGCGCUGCUUAUGCCGAAGGUAGUCUAGGCGGUGUUCUCGGUCAGAUAUUGACAUCUCGCGUUGGCGGUUUCGGACGCUUCUUGCUGGUCAUUCUCGGAUUCUCCAUCGUCACCACCUCUGCACGAGACAUGUAUAGCAUUUCGCUCUUCACGGUGGCAGUCAUUCCCUGGCUCCGUCACGUCCCUCGAGUGCUGAUCUUGGUCUUCGCUUCCGGAGUCAUGAUUGGUGUUGGAAUCGCAGCGUCAAGAUCAUUCCUCCCGUCGCUCAGCACGCUUGUGAGUAUAGCAGGUUAUAUCACAGCCCCGAGUGUGAGUGUGUUUCUUGUCGAAUGGUUUGUGUUCCGCAAAGCGAAUCCUGCCAGCGUGGAUCCGGCAAUCUGGGACAACGCAUCCGCGUUACCGACUGGAAUACCGGCUGUGAUUUCGAUAAUAGCUCCGUGGGGUCUCAUUGUUCCGUCCAUGUCAACUGUUUGGUAUGUUGGACCGAUUGCUGCUCGCGUUGGAGAUUUGGCUUGGGAACUGGGAGCUGUCAGUGCUAUUCUGUUUUAUUUGCCACUGCGAGCUGCUGAUAUAAAAGUCAGGGGUCGGUUGUAG